UCCGAGCCAAAUUUAAAUGCCCCACGUGUUUGUGUGAAAACAUUUGUACGAGACGCCAUGUCGGGGACACUUGUUUCUUCCGUCACACAGAAUUUGCGCGAUUCCUCAGAUCUCGAAAAAUUGCUCUAUCAGCACUUCCAACGAGUAAACAUGGACGCGACAGUACAACGCGAUCAGCAGACGGCCAUGAUAAAUAUUUUGGCGGGAAAACUGCCUGUGUCGGCAGGUUGUUCGAGAGGUACCAUGGACCCACCGAGCUCGUCACAGAUAGCGCAACACAAGACAGUCUACAGCUCUAGCAGCUUGCUAGCCAUGAAAGUUCUUUUAUCGAGGGAGAAUAUUGCGCUGGACUCGCAAAUGGAUGACAGGGAUUCGAAUGGCAAUAUCAGCAGUUCGGGUCGCUAUAAAACCGAGCUGUGCAGACCGUUCGAAGAAAGUGGCCAGUGUAAAUACGGCGACAAGUGCCAGUUCGCUCAUGGCGCCAAAGAACUGAGAAGUCUUCCUCGACAUCCUAAAUACAAAACCGACCUGUGUCGUACUUACCACACUAUUGGAUUCUGUCCGUAUGGCCCACGUUGUCACUUCAUCCACAACGAGGACGAGCGUCGACUCGGCAGCAUCAUCAACAACAAGAACCAACAGAACAACAAGCCACACCACCCCACCCCCAUUCACCGCCCCAAGUGGUCAAACCUGCAGCGACUGUCGUCUAUGGGAUCGUCCCUCGACUCUCCGCGGUCCAGCGACUCGGGUAGCCCCACCCGCCUCAGUCCUACUUUCAGUGAAGACAUCUUCAGCUCGAGUAGUGUGCCAUUCUCAAUUCUCGGCAGCGAUGGUGGGAGUUCCAGAUCAAGCCCAGAUUUCACCACCUCGUGCCACGCUAACAACCUGACCUCUCAGAAGAGCCUGACGACCCCCUUAAAUGUUCAGACACACCUGAACACCGUCGACACUGUUUUGGACUUGCUGCGUAUGCAGCAGCAGUUUAAUCGCGUGCUGAGCUUCACAGAUCACAACAGCAACCAGCAGAGAGUGGCUGAUGACAAUUGUGUAUUCAGGAACAUUUACCCUUGUGCGUCAUACUCAUCUCCAGAAUCUGCAACAUCCAGUCACAAUUCCACCCACGACACUCCAAGCUCCACGUUCAGCGUUAACUGGAUUCACCAGUGAUGUAGGAUUAAUGACAAUUUCACAAACAAACUAGAAUGAUACACGCAAGAGAAAAACACAUAAAGACUAGCCAACUUGAUUCAGGCAAAAUCCACUUAGAAACCACCAAACGGAACAGUGUCUGGGGAAUAGGCUGACAAGUCUAAAGACUUACUAAUGGCAUUAUGUUUUGCCACCAAUUUAUCAAGGAAGCUCUAUAACAGCAUUUCUUACUCCCAGGGCUGGAAGUGAAGCCAAUACAGAACUAUGUGUAUGGACAUCUCUCAGGGUGUUUAUUAACAUAUUCCUAUGAUGGGACCAAUCCUAUAUUGAAAUGUGCUUGUGUAUUUCAUCUAGUCAGUGUCUGUGUGUGGACAGUCUUCUUUUGUUUGGAACUUAAUACCAGUGAACGAAAUUAUUUUUAUGUCUACAGAUAUAUCUUUCAUUUUAUGUUGUCUUCAUAAUAGUAUUUUGAAUAUUUUUUCUGUGAUUGACAUUAUGUCAGGUUUUUGCAAUUGUUGUCUUUUAAUUCAGUUCUGCUGUCAGUAAUACUCCAACGAAUUACCCUAACUGAACCCAAAUGAAAGUUAAAAUAUACCCAAGUGGCGCUAGUAGAAAUGCUUCACCAAUUUCAUUUUUGGCAAACAUGGUUUCGCAUCGAUAGCCAGUGUUGGUUAAGUUGUCGCAAAUCAGUAAUACUAAUAAGUGUGCUUAUUUCAUAGUCGGUGGGAAAUUACAGGCGCGGAAUGGACAAACCAAUAAAAUAACUCUUCAGAUGUUUACUUUCAAUUCCAUUCAGACAUUUCCUUUUACGUAAAGUUGGGUAUCUCAACUUCCAUUUGGGUUGCAGUAAGGUCGUUUGUCUUUCAUUGUGGUUCAUUUAGGUAAUUCGUUGAAGAUCUUCCCGCUUUUAUUUCGUUAUGUUCUUACUAACGCAUUCUCGUUUUCCCAUUAAUAGUAUGUAGUCUUUUCUGAAUGAUAAUUUAUAUAUUCUAAGUAGCUAGAUGCUUUAUUGUACUUUUAAGUUAUUUUUAUCAACAUCAUUAUUAUUUUAUUUUAAUAGAAACGGCUGUUUUCUUGAAAUGUGUAUAUUUCACCUCUCCAAACUGAUGAAUCUCAGACAAUAGUUAUGAGUUAUGAUAUAUGUUUUUAGCAAAAGGAAGAUGAUACGAAAAUAUGACCCUUUUUAUUAAAGAAAACUGUAUGAACUCAGCAAGUAGUCAGAUUUAAUGACUGUGUGCGUUUUAAUAUUUCCCAGUUCUGUUUAUCGCAUCGUAAAUAACAGAUAAGAAUUACCAUGUGUCUUCUUUCAAAGUGGAUAUUGAUGUUUAGCUUUUAAAAAAUAGUUCGUGCAAUUUUAACAGUAAAAAAGAAAUGUUUAAUAUGAAUGUAGAUAAAAAUGGCAACGGUAAAAAUGGCACCGAUGAUAAUGGCACAGAUAAUAAUAAUAAUAGCGCAGGUAAAAAUUCAAAAAGUGACUUUUGGUUAUAAAUCGCAAAAGAAGAUUAAAGAGACUACAUAAAGAUUUAUGUAUUGAAAUGUUAACAAUCUGAUCUCAGUUACUCUUUAAUAUAUAAAAAGCACACAGGUUUCAAGAAUUAUUAUGACGGCAAUAAUGUACCCUGCAUGAGAGUCGAUAACAUUUUCGGAUACUACUUAGUGUGGGGAAAAAACAAUUGGAGACUGGGUCUACCAAGGAGAUUCGAUCCUCUGAUCCAAGCACCUCAGGCGAGUGCUCUACCGACUGAGCUAGAUCCGUUUUGAUGGCCGAUAUAUAUAUAUAUAUACAUGUAUAUUACUUACACUUGUUAAUAUCUGUUACUUGCUGUAGGGUUAUUCGAAUAACAAACAACAUGACACAUAUUAUCAUGUUUGAAAACCUAUUGAAUUUAGUCACUGUAAUAUAUGAUAAUUUCUAAUGCACUUAUCUUAAACACACACAUAUAUAUCUAUAUGUAUAUGAACAUGAAUGUCAGUAUACUCCAGUUUAUUGAACUAGUUUCCUUGUUUACCUUUAUUUUAACAUUUUAAUUUAAUAAUUAUUUUAGCGGAUUUAUAUUUAUUUUUAACUUUAUUGAACUCAGGUUUGUGGAUUAGAAAUAACACGUUCGGUUUAUAGUAACAACAUCGAUUAGCUUCAUGAUAAAUAAAUCUUUAACUGUUUCGUAGUUUUUUUUAAUUUUAUCAAUCCACACUGGGUUGUUUUAAUUCUAAAAUAAAUAUUUCCUAUUUGUUAAUAGUCUAUUAUAUAAUUAAAUAACGAAUACGUACUGGAAAUUGUCGUUUUUAUUGAAGAGACGAAUUUAACUGAUUUCUUUUGGAGGGGUGGUCGGUAUAGGCGGGUCUCACUUUAUACACGUUUACAAGUCCAUUGGGUAUGGACCUGUUUUACAAACACCUGUGGAAGAAAUCUGAAUCAGCAGUUUAUAAUCAAAUUAUACAAUUUUGAUUAUACUUGUUUCUUAGACAUCUGACUAAAAUGAAUUGGUGUUAGUUUCACUUAAUAUAACUUCGGUCAUUUUGUGAAAAUACAUACAUGUAACAUAUAUUUCUAAUCCACUGACUUCUUUCUACUUAACAUUUCAUCCAUUAUAGUUAUUUACCCAUUUAUUUAUUUCGCUUUUCAGUAGAAUAUUAUUAUUUUAAUUUAUUUGUAGAAUUUAUUUGUAGAACCUGUACCAAAGUGGUUGCCUAGCGAACGACGUUAGAAAAACCGCCAAGUGCUCAAUAUUGUUUUUAUCACCUCAGUGUGUUCUUACCCUGUAGGAGAAGCCAGUCGAUAUUGUCCAGUGUGAUAGCUUUAAGUCUGAUCAGUAUUUGCAUGUUGGUAUUGUGUUUGAAAAAUCUAUUUUUACAUGUCACAUGAUGUGUGUAUUUCAAGUUGUUUCAUUUUGCAGUGAACAAUGGCUUGAUACAGAGAUUUCGUUUUUUUCUAAAAGUUCUUUUACUUUGUGUUCAUGCAUUAUUAAACAUGUCGAUUUUAA